AGUAAACAUGGCUGAGGGCGGCGAUACGAAUUCACUGGACGAAAACGUGCCGGUGUAUGAACACAUCGGAGUGAACUCCAAGCCAUUUCACCUCUCUGGCUUUAGAGAUUUAUGGCUUAGCGUGCUGAAACCAGAAGAUUACUCUUUUAGCCAGAUUUCCGGUGAAAUAGAAGAUGCGCAAUUUAUGGAGGAGAUGGGAAUCACACCGGAAACUCUGGAGGAGCUGAAAACCAUCUGCAGCCCUGAUUCACUUCGCUGUCAUGCUGAAGAUGAAGCUCCUGAUCCUGACCUGGUUCCUGAAGAUCCCCAGCUCGCCACCUUAAAACUGAGAAAGAGGAGACAGGACUAUAAGAAGACACUAGUACGGGACAACGUUGGACGACACGACUCGUACGCUAAUGAGCUGGAAAUGCUAUUCAUGGGCAGGAAACCUGAAGACGCCGCAGACCUCAUUCCUGAGGGGGAAAUCAUCUUGACCUUCAACGUCAUCUAUCCUGUCCUGUUUCAGCGGUUUAAACACGUGAGGGCUCAUCAGACGCUGCAUGUCCUCGGCUCACAGAAGCUCACGGAGCUCAGAGACGCCAUCUGCUGCGUGAGCGACCUGCAAGUGUUUGGAGAGUUCAGUAACACACCCGACAUGGUGCCGCAGUUCAUCAGCAAGGAUCACUACAAAUCUGCAUUCUUCUUCUUCGAGGGAAUUUUCUACAAUGAUAUGCGCUUCCCUGAGAGUCGAGAUAUUAGCAUGGUGACGCGUGAAUGGACCAGAAGCAGAGAUUUCCCUGAGUUCAGUACGGCUAAGAUGGAGGAGACGGUGUUCAGUGAUCUGAGGGUGAAGGUGGGAUACCCGUACCUGUACUGCCAUCAGGGGGACUGCGAACAUGUCCUUAUCCUCACAGACGUCAGGCUGGUCCAUAGGGACGACUGUUUAGACAGGAAGCUGUAUCCAUUGCUGUCACACAAGCACAAGGUCGUGACGCGGAAGUGCUGUGUGUGUCACCUGUACAUCGGCAGAUGGAUAACGAUGAACGACGCUCUCGCUCCGAUGGACCCGUGUCUGUACUGUGAUCAGUGUUUCCGGCAGCUGCACUACGACCAGGACGGCAACAAACUGGGCGAUUUCCAGGCUUAUGUUUACGUCGACCCUGGAGCGUUUAACUGACCAACACGAGAUUCUCAGUCUGCUGCUUUAAACCUUGUAUUACUUUUCCUUAUAAAUAUUUGUAUAUUUUUGCUGCUCAGUCUUUACCCGUCUGCAUGUAUAAUUUAGUUUUUCACUCUAAAAGCUACCUCAGUGUAAAUAAAAUGUUCAUGUUGAGAUCUGUAAAAUAAAGUCUGGCUGUGCACCUCGA